CGCCCAGCUGGCUGCGGCGGUACGGCAGCAGCAGCAGCAGAUGCAGGGCAUGGUGGCGGACCAUGCAGAGGAGUUGCGCACGCUGCAGUACGAGUUGCAGCUGGCGCGGGAGGGCAACGAGGGGCUCAAGCGGGCCAUGGGGGAGCAGGUGCUAGCGCUGCAGGGCGCCCUGGAGCUGCGGGAUGCGCACAUCCUGGAGCUGGAGGAGCGCAACGACCGCAUGGAUACCGUGCUGCAGGUCAUUCAGGCGCAGCUGGGGUGCAGCGACCUAGCAGCCGCAGCAGACCUCUCAGCAGCCACCGCCGCAGCAGCAGCAGCAGCAGCGGGUGUGGGGGUGGGGCCGGCCUCCCGAGUCGGCACCAGCCGGCCCCUCAGUCGCAGCGGCAGCGGGCGCCUCACGGCCCGCCUGGACUCGCCUGACCUCACCACCACCAC